AUGCCAUUUUACUAUCUGAGCUUUAUCCUGAUAGUCGUUUUCAUUCCGGCAGUUACAGCUAAUAGUGGUUAUGAUCCAGCUGUGGGACACGACACAGUAUUUAAAACAUUGCGAAUGAAUGAAGAAGAAUUAAACCAUGUAUCUGCAUUACAAGCUAUUAUGGAUUAUAAUAAGCUUCAUGACUUCGUCAAUACCAAAUAUCAAACAACUCCAUUGACUGAUGAAGAGCGAGAAGAUGUUGAAAAGUAUUUGGGAAAUCGUCCGCCGUCCGUCGUGGACACUUUCUUGACCGACGAAGAUCGCAAAAAGUUGUCGGAAUUCCAUAAGAGUCGAUUGUUGGACAAUAUCUUUGCUGUUGUGCGUCAACGACUGUUUGAGCUCAAACCUUCGGAUCGACGAACAGCUGUUAACUAUAUGUGGCCGAAUGCUGAUAAUUUUAUUCUUCAAUAUUUUGGUGUUGAGAAGUAA